ACAACCACAAUCACAAGUACACACACUACCAUAUUACCAUCUUAGAGAAUUUUUCAAUUCUAUCAUUUUUUGCUAUAUUUGCAUACUUAUAUAUUUUUUCAUAAUUAUUAAAAUGUCGUCUAAAAUAGCAGCAGAGAAUUUUCCAAUUUCACCACCCGAAGCAGAGAAGGUGGUGGUGGUGAGAGAGUACGAUGAAGAGAGAGAUAACGCGGCGGUGGAGGAGUUGGAGAGGCGGUGUGAGUUUGGCGGGCAGCGAGGGAAGCCUUCGCUAGUCACCGACCUCAUGGGAGAUCCCAUUUGUCGUGUGCGCAACUUCUCUUCACAUGUCAUGCUGGUUGCAGAGUAUGGAGAAGAGAGAGAAAUAGUGGGAGUGAUUAGGGGUUGUGUAAAAACUGUGACUAGUGGAAGGAAAGCCUCCACCAGUGAAGAUGUUCCAUCCUAUGUAAAGUUGGCUUAUAUUCUGGGACUAAGGGUUUCACCUACACACAGGCGGCUCGGGAUCGGAACCAAAUUGGUUCAACAUUUGGAGGAAUGGUGCAAACAAAAUGGGGCAGACUACGCAUACAUGGCCACGGACUGUACCAAUGAGCCAUCCGUAAACUUGUUCACAAUGAAAUGCAACUACCGAAAAUUUUGCACCCCAACCAUGCUGGUCCACCCAGUCCAUGCCCACACCAAACCAUUGGAUUCAGCCAUUUCAAUCGUUCGAAUUCCCCCACAACUCACUGAGUCAAUCUAUCGCCGAGUCUAUGCCAACUCCGAGUUCUUUCCUCAUGACAUAGAUCAAAUUUUGAACAACAAACUCAAUUUGGGCACUUUCAUAGCCAUGCCCAAAAAAUUACUACCAAAGUGGGACCCACAAAAUGGGAUUUUACCACCUAGUUUUGCUAUGUUGAGUGUGUGGAACACCAAAGAAGUGUUUAAGUUGCAAGUGAAGGGGGUGUCGAUGCUAACAUACGCAUGGUGCGUAGGGAGUAGGGUUUUGGACACUCUGCUGCCAUGGCUAAGGGUACCUUCAAUCCCUAAUGUAUUUAGGCAAUUUGGUGUUUAUUUCUUGUUUGGGCUUUAUAUGGAAGGAAAGGGUGCUUCGCAGCUCAUGAAGUCUCUGUGCGCCUUCGCUCAUAAUAUGGCUAGAGAUGAGGGUGGAUGUGGGGCCCUGGUGGCUGAGGUGGGCCAGAGGGACCCAAUCAGAGAGGCUAUCCCACACUGGAAGAAGUUUUCUUGGGCUGAAGAUCUGUGGUGCAUCAAGAAGCUUGAACCUGCGAAGCAGGAGAGCGAUGAGGACUGUGGACCGUCUGAUUGGAUUAAAUCUCAAUCAUCAUGUUCAUCGGUGAUUUUCGUUGACCCACGUGAUUUUUGACAUGUAAUGUCGAGUGGUAUAUAAAAGGAAGUUUUUUUUGUUUUAUGUUUGCAUAAAAAAAUAUAUAUAUUUUA